ACGAUUCCUCUACACCGGGUCUUAUCAAGUUCACAAGUUGAAUAAAUAAUUUUAGUGUUUUAUAAAAAAUAGGAAUAUUAGUGGCAGACCAAAUUAAAAUACAAUACACGGAAACAAAGUACAUAAUUUCUUUUAAUAUUGAGAAAAACAUUAAAAUAAGAACCACCUCUUAAAUAAAAUGGUUGAUUCAAAAGUUUUAGAACUGAAUAAUCUAAGGAAGAUCUACAUAAACAAGUCAAAUGUGGAUUCACAAAUACAGACAAUAUUAGAUACUCACCCAAUAACCACUCCAGAUGUCUUAAAUGCUUGGUUACUGAAAGCCAUCACAGUUAUUGACUUGACUACUCUAUCGGGUGAUGAUACCAGGUCAAAUGUAUUCAGACUUUGUACUAAGGCUGCAAACCCUUUGCCAUCAGACCUGCUAAAAAAGUUGGACUUGAAAGAACCCAUCAGAACUGCAGCGGUAUGUGUUUACCCUACGAAAGUAAAAGACGCUUAUGAGGCUAUCAAACUUAUGAAUUUGACAUCAGAAAUUAAUAUUGCAGCUGUGGCUACUGGUUUUCCAUCCGGCCUCUACCCAUUAGAGACAAGACUACAAGAAAUCAAAUAUGCUGUUUCAAGCGGAGCAACUGAAAUUGAUGUGGUGUUAGACCGUAGCUUGGCCCUAACAGGGCAGUGGGAUGCAUUGUAUGAUGAAGUCAAACAAAUGAAGAAUGCUUGUGGUCCAGCGCACUUGAAAGUCAUAUUGGGAGUUGGUGAAUUGGGAAGUUAUGAGAAUGUAUACAGAGCCUCCAUGAUAUCUAUGAUGGCGGGAGCAGACUUUAUAAAGACCUCAACAGGCAAAGAAGCUGUGAAUGCGACCUUGCCUAUUGGUCUUGUGAUGUGCAGAGCUAUAAGGAGACACUAUCAGAACACUGGCAUCAGGGUGGGCCUCAAACCAGCUGGUGGCAUAAAGACGGCUAGAGAUGCGGUCAACUGGCUAGUGCUUGUGUACACGGAAUUAGGUCCAGAAUGGCUUACACCAAAAUUGUUCCGUAUUGGUGCAUCUAGUUUACUCGCUGAACUUGUAAACAAUAUUGUGGUUGAAAAAAAGGAAGAUAAAUAAUGUAUAUUGUGUUUUAAAUAAAAGAAUUUUAUAUUUUUAUAUAAAAAUUACCAAAAUUGGUGCCAUAUAUUUUUUUAUUGUUGUUUUCUAGAGACAUUUUAUUAUUAACGAGUAAUAUAAUUGGUCAUUAAAUAUUUUUGAUAUCAAUGUUAAAACUUAAAUCAUUAUGGACUAUAAUAAAAUUAUAAUUUUAUAACUUUUUGAUAUCUAUAUUUUUGUAAGCAUUGUUGAAAGUUUAUCUACUUAAGUAAAAUGUUAUUAAAUAAAAAAUCUGAUAAAAUA